CUCGGGCUGCGUGCGAUACAACCAUUAGUCACAGUAGACGCGCGCACACCCGACUACUAAACUCGCUAAUGCGUAUGCGUAACAAUAUCUAUAAGGUCAAUGAAAAGGCUUACGAAUCAUUGCAUAAUGGAAACUUACUCGUAUAUAAAGAAGCGACGAGACUUCGGAAAACAGCCCAUGUUCUGUGAACAAGGGCCCGAAAUGUGCGACUCCAUCCUGCCCAACCCCGCGGAACAGAAAGCGUUCAUCCUGCGGAACCCGGUACAUCAGCCCACUCAGAACACCCCGAACUUCUCGCAGCACGAAAUCAACACAAAGCGAGCUAAAUACACUACGACGGGAAUCAACCAUGCCGAAGGUGGCUGGCCCAAGGAUGUCAAUGUAGUCGACCCCGAAGCCACGCAACGAUACCGCCGCAAAAUCGAAAAGGAAGAUGAAUAUAUCAAUUGCGUCAAUGUUUGUUGUCCCGGCAUGGAACACUACGCGUUACAAAACAACGCUAUUGAUAUGUACCAAAUAUAUUACUCGGACAUGGCCAGCUUGCCGCCCGUAGAGAAGAACAGCAUGCGGACUGUCAACGUGUACCGCGACCCUCUGCGAGGCCGCCCCGUCUCUUCCAUCUGCUGGCAGCCCGACCAAAUGCGAUUUGCUGUAACUUACGUCGACAUGAAUUUCUACCGUAACCCACUUGGCAGCAUCUUCGGAUUCUUAUGGGACGUGGAGACCCCCGCGGAGCCAUUUAUGAAUUUCAUGCCUCCGUCCAUAUUACUGGAUUUACAAUUUAAUCCAAAGGACAGCACCAUGUUGGCGGGAGGACUAGUGACGGGUCAGGUGGUGAUUUUCGACACACGGCGCGGCAGCCAGGCGGUGUCGGAGUGCCCGCCGCAUGUGGCGCACCGCGACAUGGUGCGCAACGUGCUCUUCAUAAACAGCAAGUCGGGGCUCGAAUUCUUCUCGGGCUCACCUGAUGGUGCGUGCAAAUGGUGGGACGCGCGAAAUAUGUCGGAGCCCACUGAUGAAAUGAUAAUUGAUAUCGCCAAAUACUCUUUUGAUGUUCCUCAUAUGGAAACUGCUUACGGUAUUAGCACAAUGGAGUACGAGUUCACUAUCCCGACGCGAUUCAUGGUUGGCACAGACAACGGUUACGUCGUUACCGGUAAUCGGAAAGGAAAAACUCAGCUGGAUAAAUUACCUGUCGUGUACCCAGCACACACUGGUUCGGUGCGGGCAUUGGAGCGCAAUCCGUAUUUCCUGAAGAACUUCUUGUCCGUGGGCGACUGGCGGCUGCAGGUGUGGAGCGAGGACUGCCACGACUCGCCCGUGAUCACGACGGCCGCCACGCGCCACAAGAUCACUUGCGCUAAUUGGAGCCCCUCCAGGUGUUCCCUGCUGCUGUGCACGGGCGCGGACGGCGUGAUCUCCGCGUGGGACUUCCUGCGCAGCCAGUGCAAACCCAUCGUCACCAUGUAUUUAGGCGAUGACCCGCUUGUCAAAGUCAAGAUUCACGAGCAGGGUUCCCUAGUAGCUGUUGGUAGUCAAAAGGGCAAUGUGUCUAUGUUAGAACUAUCAGCAUCCAUGACUGCAUCCGGCAAGAAUGACAAGAAUCUCAUGUUGGCGAUAUUUGACCGCGAGACAAAGCGUGAAAAGAUCCUCGAGGCCCGGCUUCGUGAAAUCCGUCUGAAGCAGCGGCAGGCGGAGGAAGGCAGCCCUCGACACAGUUUAGGCCUCGACGAUCCCUCGGCCGGGGACCGCGACUUGGCCGAGGCCACUACAGACUAUCAAGCUCUUGUCAAGAAGGAACUCGCUGCCAUGUAGGAAUUGAGCUCCACAUAGCACAAUAAUUUUCAAUGGAGUGAUUUCGAUGGUCAUUAGCCACGUGACGUGAUUAAGCUUAUGUGCGUGGCAUACGUGUGCUUUAGAAGAAUAAUGGGAUUAUGAAAACACAUGUUCGAUUAAAUUAAAUAUGGCUCAAAUUAAAUUAGGUACCUAUGCUUUUUUAGUUGUAUCGUACCUAAAUACAUGUAAUGAGGGUCUCGAUAUUGCUAGAUUAGUCACAUUUUGUUGUACCUAAUCAGAUCAGUUUUGAUAUCGUGAAUUAUCAUAUGAAUUAGAUAAAUAAAAUUGGAAAUGGAAAUCAAUUAUCGAUGUACGAUAAUCUCCGAUUUAUCUAAAUCAAUUGACUUACCUUUAAAUUGGCAGAUACCACAUUUAGCUAUCCAAAUUCGCAAUAAAAAGGCAUUGGUCAUAAAACCUUGUACGUUGUCCUGGUGAUGGAACACCUCAUUCGCGUAAAACGGCUCAUUUGCAUAUAAGAUAUAACAUACUUUUGUUAGGUAAAUCUCAUUAUAAUCUUUAGCUAUAUGGUAAAACGUCGUGUAACAUAGACUUGUAGGCGUGGAGCAAAAAUAUGACCAUGAAAAUUAUUAUUUACUCACUUAUCUAAUUUUGUUCUUAAUGACCUAAUAAAACUUAAGUAAAUCCUCGACCAAUUUCGUGUCCUUGGUUAGUCAGUAAUUCGUUACGAAGUAUUAAGUAUUUGUGAUUAAUUUAUAUUAGGUAAUUAAGUAUUAUAGAAUAAUAUAGACAUGAAAUAAAUGUCAUAUACAAAGAAAAAGUGAUCAUGGCCUCCAAGUGUCCCGAGCUGGAAUCGAACCAGCGUCCUCCGUUUGUUUAUAAAUAUAAUUUAAUUAAUUACUUCGCAUGUCGCUUAAUUUAGAAAGGAAGAUAAAGAAACAACCCAAAAUAGUCCGUCCCAUAAAAAGAGUCAUUUUUCAGAAUUCUCAGAACUUAAAACAUACGCUGUGAUUCUAAGAAUAUGUAUGUAUUUAAAUAAUAAAAUAGUUCUUUAUGUUCAAUAAACGAACGUAGACAAACAGCCUUAUUUGUACCAAUAGUCUGAGCCAGUUUAUGGCGAGCGCGACGUUAUUCAAGCAAGACGGAAGACAUUGGUACACGAAAGCGUUGUGGGCUCAGCUUUAUAGAGUUUAUAGGAUAACCAAUCCAGAUUACGCCAACCGAACCAGAUUAGGUAAGAGUACAGUCUGCAACUAAUGGAUGAAACAAGGCGCCUAAAAUGUCUGCUGCACUCGAAUACGUUCAAAGUGGCAGAUAUUUGAGGGAUCUACGUACGAGCAUAUCUGCAGUUCGCGUUGAAAAUAUCUAUCGAAACCUAAUUUUAUUAUUAUGUGUAUUAACAUAGCAUAUCUUCUAAACAGAGCACACUUGGAUAUUUAUACUGCGUAAAUAACCACCUUAUGACAUCAUCUUAUAUUCUAUUCUAAUGCAGUAUUUUUAGGAAAUUAUAGAGGCGAAGAGACUUAGAUCGUGUAUUUAUUGAAAUGUAAAUAUAUCGUUUAAAGGAAAUGCGCACCAAGUAAUUUUAUUUACUACUCUUGUUACUUACUGUACUACGACUUUUCAUAUACGUUAUACAGGGUGGCUCAUUCAAAUCGGUCAGUUUGGGAAAGUCUGAAACUAUAAGACAUACGAAGAUCUGUUCCUAGGAACCAUGUCACCGAUUUUAAUAAAAAGAAAAACUGCAUUCAUGCAUUUGAAAAAGAAGCUGUUGAAUACUCUAACGUUGGUCACUUCGAAUCGAACAUCUACUAAAAUAAAUUAAAUUAUGUGAAAACAAUUCAUAGAUACAUUUACAGCUUAAGACCUACACAAUCGAUAUUUGAAUAGAAAAACAUGUAAGUUUUUUUUUCAAAACAAGCGGGUUCGAUUCCCCAGGAUUUUUUUUUUCAAAAGUAUCAAUGCAGUUUUUCCUUUUAUUAAAAUCGAUGACAUGGUUCCUAAGAACAGAUCUUCGUAUGUCUUAUAGCUCCAGACUUUCCCAAACUGAGCGAUUUGAAUGAGCCACCCUAUAUCUUUAUAUGCAUUCAAAAGACGUGUGGUCCUCGUACACACAAUUUUAAGUGUAAAACAGUCUGUAGAGGUAAAUUACAAGACCGGCGAUGAUGUUGCUCAAAAUUAUUCAAAUUUCGUUACAGCCAUGUCAUGUGUUAAUUGCUUCGCGUUGCCAAAUAGAGCCAUACACUUUUCUAGACUAAAAUGUAAUCUUUAGUAUCUUUACUUGCAAUUGGCAACAAUUGGUAGCUACAAGCCGUGAAUUCUAUAAAUUUCGAUGAUUACGAAUAUAUAUUAUUAUAAUAUUUGAGCCAAUUUCGCGUCUAUUACUCGUUUGCAACUUAUUAAACAAUGUAGGAAUAGAGCGAGACUGCACCUCAGUAAUUUGUUGUAAAGUGUGGGUGGGAAAUGUACGGUACAUAUAUGUUGGUAAUUAUAAAAUUUUGUUAGAUUUAACGCUAU